AUGUCUCGCAUAAAACAGCUCCAUCAAGAAGACUGUCGAAGAAGUGACCGCAUUCGUGAAUUAGCACAGAAGAAACUAGCCAACACAGAGAAGCAAAAGCCUUCUUCACCAUUAGACAAAUGUACAGAAUCACAAACCAAACCAUCAGCCAACAUGCAGAAAAAGCGAAAAACGCAGGCACCACAGCAUUCAGAAAGACAGCCCAAAAAGCCUUGUCGACAGCGGAAUUCUGCUGUUCUGGAUCCUGUAACCACUGAUCAGGAGUGGGCUCGAGCAUAUAUACAGACUGUCAAAGGCUCUUCCAUACACUACUGGAUACAGAAUAAUCAGUGGCCGAAGAAGCUCUUCAACAGUGUCCUUGGGUAUGUUCUGAUAUCGCCACCAGAAAGCUCGGAGCCUACAGAAGAAGAAAUAUAA